CAGGAAGUGGGUUGGGGCUAGCGUAUCUCCCAGCUAUGGUGAUAAUUAACCAACAUUUUGACAAGAAAAAGACAUUUGCCUUUGGGAUUGCAGUAGCUGGUGUAGGAUGCGGUUCAUUUAUAUACCCGCCAUUGAUCGAGUUCCUCAAUAAGGAAUACGGUUGGCGUGGGGCUUUGACCAUAUUGUCAGCCAUUGGAUUGAACAUCUGUGCAUGCGGUGCAUUUAUGCGUCCAUUUAGAAAUAACCCAACACUGAAAAUAGAAAAGGAACAAAACAUGACAAAAGAGGAAAAACUUUUUAACUUUGCCAUAUUCAAAUCGUUGGAUUUUGAUAUAUUAUGCUAUAAUAAUGUAGCAAUGUGUUUUGGAAUGUCUGUAGUGUACUCGCACCUGUCGGAAAAAAUCCUUACUAAUGGGUAUAGGUGGUAACGAAAGUUUCAUGUUGUUCUCUGUUAUUGGAAUUACAAAUCUCGCCGGACGAUUUAUUUUUGGAGCAAUUGGCCACCAUCCAUUAACAGAUGAAGUGCUACUUUAUAUAUGCACAUUUAUUAUAAGUGGUGCAGUUACAUUAGCUGUGCCUCUUCUAACCCAAUAUGGGGCGCUUCUUGCAUACUCUGCAACAUUUGGAUUUUUCAGCGCAUCAUAUGGAGUACUUUUACCAGGAAUGAUUUGUGAAUUCUUAGGAGCCAGUGAAUUAGCCAGUGGUCUUGGUGCGAUUCUUCCAUUUUGCGCAUUAGGGACCAUGCUCGGCGGUCCAGUCGCUGGUUUUUUGUACGACAGCCUUCACUCGUAUAGCUGGUCUUUCAUUGUUGGAGGCGGCGUUAUUGUUACUAGUGCAAUAAGCAUAAUUGUGCCGUUUUGGCGCAAAAAGCACCUUAAAGUAGUUAUGGGAGUUACAAAGAAUAAUCCGGAUAACCAUCAUGAAAUUGAAUCAAAUAUUAUUCCAACCCCAAUGGACAACUGUGAAGGUGAUAUCCUUGAUUAUGAAAUGGAAGAGAGUGACAACCUCUUAAAGAUUGAUGGGCAUUUUGUGCCUACAGUUGUUGAUGUUUGAUCCCAGACAUGAAAUCUGUGGUCUGAUGAUAAAUCAUAAUAUGAUACGGUGUUUAUGCACAUUGAUGUUGCAUGAUAUUCUUGUCACUUUUUUGAUUCAGCAUUUCUUUCCUUUCUUUGAUACACUGUAAUUCUUCAAAUGUGAAUAAAAACUUUCAAAUCUAAACUAUAUAAAAUGCACCGAAGUACUUAAUAAACCAGCAUACGUGAGAAUGAUCAGACAACAUCAACAAAAACGUAAAAGAUUAUAGCGAAUAACUCCGAUUUACUCGAACAUGAGAGUCUAUGUCUAUGUCAAUAAUCUGCAAAAGGCGAAUAAGCCCAUAUAAAGCAGAUAUAAUUUAACAGUGAUAGAAUUUGAAUAGAAUAUAAUUUGAACCCUUAACAUUUAAAAA